CAGUAGUACGGGUUGAGCCAGGGAGGAAACCCAGAUGUAGUCCGAUUCUAGUUCAAUUUGCAGCCCAAGUUUCAGCAGUUUUUGAUCGAUUUUGCUAGCUCCAGUGAUCGCAGAGAUAUAUUUUCGGCGGUGUGCAGGCAGAAAACGGCAAACUGCUCUACCGUUUCCACUCGCGGGAGGCCGGGUGCCGGGUGCCGUGCACCGCAUCCUCCUCCCGCUCGCGAUUUCGCAAACCAAACCCAAACCGCGGGAGAGAGAGCAGCAAAACCACCCAAAUCCCCAAUUCCGACCCCAAAUCGCACAGAAACCCUCCCCAUGGCGGACGCCGCCGCCGACGACGAUGCGCCUCCCUCCCCACCCCCUUCCGCGUUCCACCCCGCGUCCGCCGAUACCCCCAUGUCCGACGCCACCCCAUCCGCCGCCGAUACCCCAAAUCUCCCCGACACCCCCGCCUCCGCCUCCGCCGAACCCGAGACCCCCUUCUCCGACGCCGCGCUCGCCGAUGCAUCCGAUGCUGAUGCCUCGGGCGUCGCCGCGCCACCCGACGACGACGGGACCAACCCGUUGGGCGGCGCCAUGAAGCACAUGGCCCUCGCGCCCCCGGCGCCGCCGAGCAAGAAGUCCAAGAAGAAGAACAGCAACAGCGUCUGGACCAGGCCCAACUCCCGCAAGGGCAAGAAGAAGGCCAAGCAGCCGGCCAACGCCCUCGCCGGCGGCAGCGGCGGCGCCAACGGCCGCCUCCCCAAGCCCUCCAGCGGCGAGGAUGAGCUCGUCCUCACCCCGGCGCCCCGAUUCGCCGCCGAGCGCAACGACGACGCGCCCGAUCGGCCCGUGCUCCUCUCCCGCGUCUUCAAGUCCGACAAGGUCGAGGUCUCCGACGACCGCCUCACCGCCGGCAGCACAAAGGGCUACCGGAUGGUGCGCGCCACCCGCGGCGUCGCUGCCGGCGCUUGGUACUUCGAGGUCAAGGUCCUUCACCUCGGCAGCACCGGCCACACCCGCCUUGGAUGGGCUACCAACAAUGCUGACAUCCACGCACCCGUUGGCUACGAUGUGUUUGGAUUCGGAUACCGCGACAUGGAUGGCACCAAGGUGCACAAGGCAUGGAGGGCCAAUUACGCUGAGCAAGGCUAUGGCGAUGGCGAUGUCCUCGGCUUCUACAUUCAUCUUCCUGACGGGGAGCUGUAUGAGCCCAAGCAGCCCUUCCUGGUUCACUACAAGGGGCUUCCUUUCCGCGCAGAAGCUCCCAAGGCGGCUGAGCAGAAGACGCCGGAUCCAGUUCCUGGUAGCGAGAUAUGCUACUUCAAGAAUGGGAUAUGCCAGGGCACUGCUUUUGUGGACAUUCCUGGAGGGCGGUACUACCCAGCUGCGUCAAUGUAUACACUGCCUGACCAACCAAACUGUCAAGUCAGGUUCAACUUUGGUCCCAAUUUUGAGUUCUUCCCAGAAGAUUUUGGAGGUCGAUUGAUUCCUCGACCAAUGAGUGACGUGCCUUAUAGACCAUUUGAGCUGGCGAAUGGCGGGCCUGCUGAAAAUGGUACUGCUGAAAAAAACAUUUAACUGCAGUGAAAAUUCUGCUUUAGUUAUGUAGAAUAGAGCAUAAUCAUGUAAUCCGGUUAAAGAGCGCGCAGGCUGAUUGGUUAGUUUGUCUGGUUAUUAAAUAUUUUAUCACCUGAGGUUCUUCUGGUUUGGCCAUUUGACCUUCGUGUAGCAACGCAUGGCUUCAAUCUUUCCCAUCAACGCAUGGCUUUAAUACUGUUAACACAAGAUUUCGUCAAUAAUGUUUGACAGAAUCUGAUACGUCAAAUAUUUA